CUCCUCUGUCUGGUAACUCCGCCCAAUCAGGUUUUGCGAUAGACGUUGUAGUUGUUUCGGUUCUCGGCUCGCGGCCCCCAAUACAUAAGAUGGAGGUGAAGAUGUUCUCCGUCUUUGUGCUUCUCCUUCCCCGGCCUGCAGUGUAUUGUGACAGUCACUUUUUGCGCUAUUACCGAACCACAGUCUCCGUUCCGGGGUCCGGGCUGCCUGAGUUCUCUUCAGUAGGAUAUGUGGAUGAUCGGGAGAUUGUGAAUUAUAACUCAGAGACCGGAAGAUACCGACCUAAGGUCCAGUGGAUGGAGAAAGUGAAACCUGGAUACUGGGAGAGGAAUACACAGAUCGCUAAAGAAUAUGAGGCUGUGGCCAAAAUGAAUGUGAAAACAUUGAUGAGCCGCUUCAACCAGACAGGAGGUCUCCAUAUUGUCCAGAUGAUGGUCGGCUGUGAGCUGAGAGAUGACGGCUUCAUCAGGGUAUAUGAUCAGCACAGAUAUGAUGGGAGAGAGUUCAUGUCUCUGGACACACACACAUGGACAUAUAUCCCCACCACGGCCCAGGCUCAGAUCACCGCACAGAGAUGGAACAGUCCAGAGGAACAAGCGGGGGAGAGAAUGAGGUUUAACCUGGAGAAUGACUGUAUAAAGUGGCUGAAGGAAUAUGUGGAGUAUGGAAAGGAAGAUCUGGAGAGGAGAGUUCGGCCAGAGGUGAAGGUGUCCGGUCAGGAAAGAGAUGGGAUCCUUACCCUUCAAUGCUUGGCGUAUGGAUUUCAUCCCAAACCAGUGGAUGUGAAGUGGAUGAAGAACAAUAUGGAUGACAUUCCAACAUAUAAGAGCACACACAUCCUCCCCAAUCCUGACGGCACCUAUCAGAUCAGGGUCACUGCGGAAGUGAUUCCCAAAGAGGGCGAGAGCUACUCCUGUUAUGUGGAUCACAGCAGCCUGGGGAAGCCACUGAGCAUUGUGUGGGAAAAGUCGAAAAGCCAGUUACUGUAUUUGUGCGGUUUCCUGUCUGUUGCUCUCCUCCUUCUUGGCAUCAUUGGAAUUCUCCUAUAUGGAGUAAAGAAACAGGACUACCUGUCGCUCGUCAAAAUGAAAUCAAGUCACCCAGCAAACCUUCAAGAGAUAGAUGUCGCUUCCAAACCAGCAGUGAGUAUUCUGCAUGUGUGUCUGUAAUAAGAUGUUUCACUGGAUGUGACUUUGACUCUGUGUGUA